GAACAAAAAACGUGGCAAUAGUCGAUCACGACACGUCAAGCGUUUGGUUAUCGUCCCUCGAAUUUAUUGUGUUGUUUCUAUCGUAUCUAAGGAAACUGGUGGUAUCUGCGUCACUUGACCAAUAGUCUUUCACGAAACAUGCCAUUUUAUUAUGCUGGUUUUAAUACCAGUACAUUGUUCUCUAACGAUGGAGAUAUUAGCUUUAUAACAGAUUCAUUUACUAAAGUAUCGUUUCCUGGAAUUACCGACUUUCAAAUAGGUUGGAGUUACUUCCUCAUUUGGAAAGGGAAUGAGCUAUACAUUUCUAAAAAAGUUGAGGAAAAUAACAAAGAUACAGACACAGAUACAAAUAUUCAACUAAUACAACUACCAGAAAAGUCACUGGAUAGUUGCAAGCAAGCUGCAACUGGUAGAGAUAAUAUAGUAAUUUUAUCUAAUGAUAAUGAAAUAUGGCUAUAUAAGAUUUAUGAGAAUACUUGGAAGAAGAUAAUCAAUUUUAUUAGUGAUAGCGACAAUUCAGAGAAAGAGUAUCCUAUUAAAAUAAUACAAGGGGGAUGCACUAUAGUCCUUACUAAUUUAGGUCGAGCUUUUAAUGUCCCUAUUUUGAUUGAUAUACCAAAGAGGGUUCGAUUCAUAGACAUUGCUGGUGGAUUUGACCACACCAUCUUGUUAGCAGAGAAUGGUGACAUUUAUUCAAUGGGAAUGGGAACGCGUGGCCAAUUAGGACACAAUGAUUUAGAGGACUGCGAUAAUCCAAGAAUCGUUGACGCUUUAGCUGGCAUUAAAGUAACGCAAAUAUCGGCCGCGGGUUGGCAUACUGCCGUAGUAACUGAUCAAGGUGACUUAUAUACGUGGGGAUGGAACACAAAUGGAGAAUUAGGGCUGACAAAGCAAGAGAGCAAAGUAGUUGCUACACCCACGUUAGUAGAUUUCACAAACGAUCAAGACGAGAAUAUAGAAGUUUCUGUGAAAAAAGUUCAAUGUGGAAAUACUUUCACCAUUUGUAUAACGGAUGAUGGAACGCUUUGGGGAUGUGGAUGCAACAAAUACGGACAAUUAGGGCAAUCCCCGGAAAAACUUUCGAGUUCUUCGAAAUUUGUUAAACUCGACGUCCCUUUACGUUCGGAAAGUAUUAAAGAUUUCAAGUGUUAUGAAUGGGGUACAGUCCUCGUAACAGAGUGAUAUUGUAACCGUCCAAUGGCUAGUUUUACAAAAGAAAAAUAAAGAGGAUGUUCUCCAAAUA